AUGCAUCACAACGCUGCAUUCUUUGGUUUAAUGAUUGUGGGGGGCAUUUGGCUCCUCUUCCCAUCGUUCUUGACUUCUGUCACCCUGUUGUUUGAAGAUGCUUCGGUGGAUCUCAUCCCUGCGAGUGAACUCACCGUCGAUAACGGCAGCAGUAGGCCAAUAAUCCCCCAAAUUCUCCACCAAACCUAUAAGAAUAAGACAAUUCCAGAUUCGUGGAAAGAUGCCCAGCAACGCUGUAUCAAUCUGCACCCAGACUAUGAAUAUAUCGUAGGUACCUCAUCCAUCCGCUCCGAACACAGUUGA